AUGGGCCUGCUAUUCAGCGUGGCAACGGGGCCUCGUGGCUAUGCGACGCCCUUGGACUGGAUUGUGGACGGUGGAGAGGGAAACUCACCUGGAUAUUCGCCUAAGGAGCUCUCAAGAAAAGACGACGACGAUAACCGAUUGCUCUUUGAAAUGCAGGGGCCCUAA